UGUACAGCUUGGGUAAACAUGGUGACGCAGUAUGGAAAACCAUUGUUUCCCAAAAUGCAUUAUGUGCAGCCAAUACCAGUUAAACAUAUUGAUUGGCUUUGCCAUCAUGCCCAGCAGAUAAUUGCAGCAAGGCUUGGAAGAUCAGAGGCACCACUCAGGCGCGAAACAGUUGAGUACAUGCUGGAUGUAGAUUCCCAUAGGUGGAGUUUGAGGAGAAGCAAAGUCAGUUUCUUCAGAGUACUGUCACUUCUUUCAGGGGUUAUAGCUGUUGGUAAAUUGAUAAAUGACAUUUCCACCUGGAGAAACCCAGUUACGACAAUUAUUGUGCACGUAUUAUUUUUGAUACUGGUUUGCUAUCGAGAUCUGAUACUGCCCACAAUUUUCCUCUACCUCUUUGUUAUUGGAAUCUGGAACUUCCGUUUCAGGCCAAGGCACCCACCUCCAAUGAAUGCUCGGCUUUCACACGCAGACGUGGCACACCCAGAUGAGCUGGAUGAGGAAUUGUAUACAGACCCAACAUCAAUACCUGAAGACAUAGUAAGAAUGAGAUAUGACAGACUUCGUAGCGUGGCAGGUAGGUUCCAGACAGUGAUUGGAGAUUUGGCGUCACUUGGGGAAAUGGCUCAAGCUAUGCUCAGCUGGAAUGACCCAAGAGCUACCGCUAUCUGCACCAUCUUCUUGUUGAUCUGGGCAGUGUUUAUUUAUGUUACUCCAUUGCAAGUGGUGGCAGUUCUCGUUGGUCUAUACUUUCUUCGCCAUCCCUGGUUCAGGAGCAAGAUACCUGCUGUACCUGCCAACUUCUUUAAAAGAUUACCAUCCAAGUCAGACGGGCUAUCAUUCUUGUAAAUGUCAAGAUAAAUCAUAGCUGCAGAGGACCGCAAAAUGAAGCUGCAGCAGUUCUCUUUUGUCCCUGCUAUCCUGCAUUAGCAGAAGAAGUUACUCUGCAAGAUUUCUCAGCACCACUCUUUUCGUCAUCUAUGUAUACCUGUUUAUUUUUCUCCUGUUGGGUGAAUUUUGAAUGUUAUAUAUAUUGUCUUCCUGAGUAAUAAGCAAUGUACUAAAGAUUAGCUAAAAAAGAACAAAGCAAUCAUGAUAGGAGAAAAAAGAGUACAGAGUGUUCUGCUCUAAUUGCUGUCUCACCAUCCAACUUCCUUCCAUAAAACA